AUGAGUACUCUAAAAGGGCAUCUUCUAACCCACACUGGCGUAAAGAAUUUCGGUUGUCAGUCCUGCAGCCGCAAGUUUCGUUCUAAACAAGCACUGAAAAGGCACAGCCACAUGCAUAUGGAUGAGAAGCCCUACGACUGCCACCUAUGUCCCGCUGCAUUCGCGGAGAUGAAUAUGUUAAAAAGGCAUGUAUUAACACACUCCGAUGAGCGAGCUCACAGGUGCGACGAAUGCGGAAAGAGUUUCACGUGGAGGUACAAACUUUCACAGCACAAGACUAUGCAUUCGGGUGAAAAGAAGUUCCGUUGUCAGUCCUGUAGCCGAACAUUUAGUUCUAAACAAGCAGUGACAAAGCACACACGCGUGUAUACGGGCGAGAAGCCGUACCACUGCCACCUGUGUCCCGCUGAAUUCGCCCAGUUGGGUACGCUAAAAACGCAUGUUUUAACCCACACUGGCGAGCGGCCUCAUGAGUGCGACGUAUGCGGGAAGAGAUUCGCCCAAAGAUGGAGCCUUUCGCGUCACAAGCGUAUUCACUAA